AAGCGAGAACAACAACUCCAAGAUGGAUUCCCAAAUAGUUUCAGGUGGUGAGUAAAAGAUAUUAGAAAUACAGAUAGUCUCAUAUCUCUCAUGAAAUUUUUCAUAAGCUAAUAAGUCCCACAGGUUUUCUGUUGAAAUACUACGCAGCACGCCAUAGUCUCGGACAUUAUCGUUCCUUUGGCGUCACUGGAAUCUACCAUUUCCCCCCUUGUAUACUCGCUUCUCACUCUCGCUUCACAGAGAUACUGAAGUUUGCACUUUCAAAAACUAUCACUCGUCACUCAACACUCUCAUUUGGGGUAGUAGAGCGACUCAAAAACGUGGAUGCACACUUCUACCGGCAAAGAGAAAUCAAUUUCGAAGAUGUCGUUGAGUUUCGGUCAUCCACCGCUGUUGAAAAGGAGGAAGAUGAAGUAUUAGGAACUGAGAUUGGCAUUUCUCAUCGUCAUUGCUGGACAGAGCAAACUCGGAAACCCGGAUGGAAAACCGUGGUUGUGAAGCAUGAGGAGAAUUCGAAUGGAAGAGUUGAUAUCAUAUUCGUAACUCACCAUGCGCUAGCCGACGGAGGGAGCGGUGGCUCUUUCCAUAAGAGUCUCUAUCUAUACCUCUCGGAGGCAAUACAACUCUCCUCCCGCUCCUCAAACUGGCCACACCAAGUCCCAGAAACAACACAACCUCCGCCCUCAAUCGAAGACGCCUUCCCCUUUCCCCCUUCCGCAACCCCUCCAAGCUCAGGUCCAGAAGAAAACACACCAGCACCAUGGGGUGCCCAACCUCCCUCCCUCCACUCCCUCGACCACGCUCUAAUCCUCGCCAUCUCCCCAGCUCGCCUCUCAGGCAUCCUUACAUUCUGCCGAACCAAAAACAUAACACUAACCUCCCUCCUCCAUUUCCUAACCCUCACCUACCUCUCCACCACCCUCCCCGCAACAGAAGCCCCCUCCUUCAAAGCAAUAACACCCUACACAAUGCGUCGCUUCACCCUCACACCCCCCACAGAAAUGGUAAACCACAUAUCCUUCAUCAGCACACACUUCCCCAUCUCCCUCACCGCCUCACUCCGGGACUUGCUCCCCUCAGACGAGGAUUCCGACAACGAGCGCGAGCUCUUGAAAUCCGUAGCCUCGCAAUACCAACGACAGAUCUACGACGAGCUCUCUUUCGUAACGCACCAGCACUUCUCCCCCGCGCUCCUCACACAAUAUAAGCUCGUCUCAACACUCUCCUCCGAUGCCUCAAUGCAAGAGUAUCAUGAGAAAGCAAUAGGGAAGGAAAGAGAGUACGCAUACGAAAUCUCGAAUAUCGGCGUCUUGUAUCUCGAUGCUCCUGGUUCCCAAACGCCAAAGCCCACAGGAGAAGAAGUAGUUACGUUAGAAAGACUAGUCUUCUCCCAAUGCGCAAUGCCCACUGGUCCCGCGAUCGGAUGCAGCGUCGCUAGUAUCGCAAAUGGUCCUUUAUCAAUAUGCUUCACCUGGCAAGAAGGGAUCGUGGAGGAGGACUUCGUGCGAGGAUUGAGAGGGUAUAUGGAGAGGAGGCUAGCAGGAUUUACAGCUUGAUAGCCCGGGGUUCGUUUUUGAAAGUUGAAAUCACAGAUUGUCUCGGCUUCCUUUCUGUUUCCUGUAACAAUGGUUCGUAGAAAGCAAUUAUAAUUCCCUCGCUACGUAACUUGGCGCGGGUGUCUAUCCAUUUAACC